GCCUUCUAGUCUGGUCACAUUGUCCCAUACACUGCGAAUAUUCUAGAUUUUAAGCGAAUUUUUUCUACUUUAAGCUACCCCAAACACAGUUAACAUGCAGCAAUGCUAUAACAGAGGCUGUGGCCAGCUAUUUGAUCCGACGACCAACAACGAUGAAUCUUGCCGGCACCAUCCGGGAGAACCCUUUUUCCAUGACGCUUACAAAGGUUGGGCCUGCUGCAACAAGAAGUCAGUGGAUUUUACCGAGUUCCUUAACAUCAAGGGCUGCACUUUAGCAAAACACAACAAUGUCAAGCCUCCAGAGCCAGAGAAACCAGUCAAGGAUGAGUCGGACAAGGACGAGGUCAUCGAGGUACGCGCUCCAAUCCGAGAAGCUCUACCUCGACCACCCAUUGAAUCACCGCUGACUGUUCUGCUACCCACGGUGGCACCCGCUUUGAAAGAGAUCGUUUUUACCGCCAAAACUCCAGUAUCGGAGAAAUCCAGCGACACCAUCGAGGUGGGCACCAGUUGUAAGAACAACGGCUGCUCAUACUCGUUCGCGGCCACUAGCAGCGAUUUCGGCGAGUGCACCUACCAUCCAGGAGUGCCCAUCUUCCAUGAAGGCCUCAAGUUUUGGUCAUGUUGCCAGAAACGAACCUCGGACUUUGCACAGUUCAUGGCGCAGAAGGGAUGUGCCUAUGGGCAGCAUAAAUGGGUGAAGGAGAAUGAGGACAAAAAGGUUGUGCAAUGCCGCUAUGAUUGGCACCAGACGGCCACCAAUGUAGUAGUGGCCAUUUAUGCCAAAAAAUAUGACUACAGCCAGAGUCUGGUUGAGCUUAAUCCAAUCAGGCUGCACGUCAACCUAAUCUUUCCCGAGCAGGACAACGCCAGGUUUGACUUGGAUCUGGAAUUGCGCGGAAUUGUCGACGUGAGCAAGGCCAGUGCGCAUAUGUACGGCACAAAAGUGGAGAUUACUCUACCCAAACUGGAGCCCGGCUCUUGGUCGAACCUGAAUUUUCCCAAUAAGAAACUGCCAGCAGCCAAAAAGAGUCAGGCAGAAGAAAAGUCAAAGGAGGAGGACAGCGACGAAGAGUUCUUCGACUUGGACGACAUCAAAUCGGAGACCAGUUACCGCCUGUCUGAGAUGAGCUUGCAGAACCAAAAUAACUUAGAUUAAUAAACGAGUUGGCAUUUAAUGUUAUAUACAAUA